AUGCUGGACUACGAGGCCGGUGCUCUCGACGGACAGAAAGUCUUAACACCUCCGAAGUCCGACGAGAAAGUGCUCGAACGAAGUAGCUAUGUCGUAGAGUCUCUGGUAGAGGACGACGAGGGUCGGGCACCUACUGAGGAAGAGAAGAACACCCUCCGUCGCGUAUCGGCCAAGGUCCCUUGGGCGAGUUACGUUAUCUGCCUGGUCGAGUUCUCGGAACGAGCGAGUUACUACGGUGUCUCCGGCAUCUUCCCCAAUUAUAUCCAGCGGCCAUUGCCCAAGGGAGGGAACGGAGCAGGAGCCCCUCCGCGAAACACCCAGGAAACUGCAGGAGCACUGGGUCUCGGUCUAACUACCGCCAAUGCAUUGACCACCCUCUUCAGUUUCCUAGCUUGCACGACCCCUAUUAUCGGCGCCAUCCUGGCCGAUACAAAGUGGGGACGAUUCAAGACUAUCUGUGUCGGCACGGCCGUCGCACUCCUCGCUCAUAUCAUCCUGAUCAUUUCUGCUGUUCCGUCCGUCAUCCAGGAAGGACAUGCGAUCAUCGCCUUCAUCAUCGGGCUUCUCGUUUUGGCUUUUUCGACUGGCAUGAUCACUCCCUGCGUUGCUCCUUUGAUCGCAGACCAGUCGCCCGUCAAGUCACAGAUUGUGCAGACUCUGCCGUCCGGCGAACGAGUCAUCCUCGACCCAAGCCGUACGAUUGAGAACAUGCUUAUGAUGUACUACUGGGCGAUCAAUGUCGGAGCCUUGUUUCAGCUCGCGACAUCUUACUCUGAGAAGGACGUGGGAUACUGGCUAGCCUACCUCACACCGACGAUACUGUUUUUACUUGUUCCACUUGCCCUCGUCUGGGUUUACAAACGCCUUGUCAAAUACCCUCCUCGAGGAUCGGGGCUUCUGGACGCCAUCAAGGCGUUCUCCCUUAUGAUUCGCCGGACAGGCUUUAGAAGUGCUUUGAGAGGAGGUGACAGGCUCUGGGAGAGCGCCAAACCAUCCACCAUAUCCUCGGAGGGGGGUGAACAUAGGAAGUCGAUGCCCUCCUGGGACGACGAAUUCAUUGAUGAUCUGAGAAAGACGGUAAACGCGUGCAAAGUCUUUGCAUUCUUCCCAGUCUGGUACAUGGCCGAUGGAGGACUGAACACUAUUCAGAACAGCAUGGCCGCAUCUAUGACUACCAAUGGCGCGCCCAAUGAUCUGCUCAGCAAUUUCAAUCCUAUAUCCACUAUCGUGACUGUGCCAUUUUACAAUUACAUCCUAUAUCCAUUCCUCCGCAAGCAUGGAAUCAACUUCAGCCCAAUCCGCCGCAUCGUGACAGGGUUCUGCAUCGGCGUCCUCACCAUGAUCAUAGGGGCCAUCCUGCAGUGGCAGGUUUACCGCACUUCACCCUGCGGGUACGGUGCCACCACAUGUGAUAUUGGAACUGGAGUCUCUCCUAUCAGGGUCUGGGCUCAGGUGCCCUUGUACUGGCUGCCUCCCAUGGGUGGUAUCUUGAUUAACGUCACAGCCUACGAGAUCGCGUACACUCGAAGCCCAGCAAGAAUGAAGGGCAUCGUGAUGGCGAUGAUCCUCCUCAUGAGCGCGUUCUCGAGCGCACUCGUGGAGAUCUGUUCGCCUGCUUUCAAGGACCCAAAUCUCAUCUGGCCGUUUGUCGGCGUGGGCGCUGCCAAUGGUCUAGCCGCGAUUCUGAUUUGGUACUUCUUCCGGGGCAUGGACGAUGAAGAGGUCGUGUUACGUGGUCCUGAGCUUGCAUCUCGAAGCAGGAAAAGUAGCGGGUAG